UGUCAUUAAACUGUGCCGAAUGCGGUUCAUAAAAAAAGUGAAUAGAUUUUAGCGAAAAUUAAAUAUUAUUUUCUAUCAAUUUUACAAUAAUGGCACUAAAUUCAAUUAUCUCAUUCAUCGAAGAAAAUAGUUCAAAUAUUGAAGAAUGUUUAUUAACUCCACUUUCAAAUGAAUUACAAGUUAUAUGUGAAAUUCUUAGCAAGGAUGAAAUAAAAUCACAAAUCUCCGCUUGCCUCGAAGAAUUGGAUGUUAAAGCCAAUAAUUGCACAUUAAAAUCAGAAGCAGAAUCCAAUACUUACCGAGAAGAAGGCAAUCGUUUGUUCAGGGAAAACAAAAAGGCCAAUGCACUUGCAGCAAGUCGAUACUACACAAAUGCCAUUCUAGCUGCUCCCGAAGAUAGUCCAGUGUUGGCUUUGGCACAUGCUAAUAGAGCUGCUGCUCUAGUUGAAUUUGGGUAUUAUUUUGACGCCUACAGUGACUGUGAGAUAGCAAAGAAUUUAGGGUAUCCAAAGGAAAAGCAAUUAAAAAUCAUAAUGCGGCAAGCUUAUUGUGCAGUCAAACUGAAAAACUAUAACCACCUGGAAAAUGCUUUGGAAAAGUUGCGAGACAUGCCAUUAAAUGAACAAUGUCUCAAUCAAAAAGAAGAUUUUGAAGAAAAAUUGAAAAUACUAGCAGAAUUGCCAGGAAAAUGGCAUCAAGAUCAGCCCCGCGACUACAAAGUUCAAAAUAUAAGACCCGGAAAAAGGUCGUUACAUGACCACUUGGAAAGACUAUAAAAAAGACGAAGUGAUUUUAACCGAAAAAGCCUUUGCAUUUGUUCCAGUCAACAAUGUUAAAAUUUGUUCCUAUUGUGCAAAAGAACAACUAAUUCCUUAUCCAUGUUAUUCUUGUUCCAAAGUAA